GCUCAGGAGGGUCACCCCAGCGGAGUGCUGGGGAGCCGUCUGAGCAGGCCCUCGAGGCUUGUCCCAGGCCCAGGGGCAGCAGACAGCAGGCCCCCUCAGCCGGCCAGGGCGCUCCCAGGGCCCGCGGAGGAAGGGCGGCCGCGGGUCUUUGUCUCCCUCCGUCCCUCUGCAGCCCGUUCGACCCCCAGCGCUGUUCCCUCUUUGACCCCGGAUAACUUGUUGGCUUCCCCCGGGCUUUGUUUCCCCGGGGUCACCGCCUCCGGGCCUGCCGGCAGCUGCUCCGGGCCCUCUUGGGUCCCGCAUCGGACACCCCCUCCGGCCCCCGCCCCCUACCCGCUCCGAGCCUGGGGUCAAAGGCAGCCCGCGUCACGUGGUCGCCGAGCAGCACCGAAUCGGCCGGGAGAGCCGAGGGAGAAUCCGGGUGGAAGCCGAGAAACCCAGCCCGGAGAGCAGCGCCCGGUCCCGCCCCGGCCCCCGCCCCGGGGUGCUUGCCGCCCGCCCGCCCGCCUGCCGCCCGCCGCCCGGGCCUCCCGAGCCGAUCUCCGGCCGGCACCCACGCUCCAUCACGGGAUCGAACCCUGCUCCCACCGCUGCGAUUCGGGGAGCCUCGGCCCCCGGGACCCCACCGAGGGAGCGGCAUGCGGCGCCCCCGGGCCUGCCCAGCGUCCUGCGGCCGGCUGCCCAGCCCCCCCAGGAGGCCCUGACGCCCUGGGGCGCUUCUGCUGUGCACAGGACCACGUGGGGGUUUGCCAUGGUGACAUAAGGGGCGCGGAGGGAGGAAGGAGCGCACCCAGCCGCGGACCGCGCCUCUGGCUGGGAGGAAGGGCCAGGGCCCGCGUCCCCCGCUCCCGUGCCCCGACUCUCUGCGAAUCUGGUGGACGGCUCGGUGUCUCCUCCCGCGCGGGGCCCUGGGGCGGCCUCGGGGGCCGGGAUGCCCGUCCCGGCGCGCCUCCGCAGGCUGUGUCGGCACGUGUCCCCACAGGCCGUGCUCUUCCUGCUGUUCGUCUUCUGCCUGUUCAGCGUGUUUGUCUCGGCCUACUACCUGUAUGGCUGGAAGCGGGGCCUGGAGCCCUCGGCGGACGCCCCCGAGCCUGACUGCGGGGACCCGCCGCCCGUGGCCCCCAGCCGCCUGCUGCCACUCAAGCCCGUGCAGGCGGCCGCCCCGUCCCGCACGGACCCGUUGGUGCUGGUGUUUGUGGAGAGCCUCUACUCCCAGCUGGGCCAGGAGGUGGUGGCCAUCCUGGAGUCCAGCCGCUUCAAGUACCGCACGGAGAUCGCCCCCGGCAAGGGCGACAUGCCCACGCUCACCGACAAGGGCCGCGGCCGCUUCGCCCUCAUCAUCUACGAGAACAUUCUCAAGUACGUCAACCUGGACGCCUGGAACCGGGAGCUGCUGGACAAGUACUGCGUGGCCUACGGCGUGGGCAUCAUCGGCUUCUUCAAGGCCAAUGAGAACAGCCUGCUGAGCGCACAGCUCAAAGGGUUCCCUCUGUUCCUGCACUCGAACCUGGGCCUGAAGGACUGCAGCAUCAACCCCAAGUCCCCGCUGCUCUACGUGACCCGGCCCAGCGAGGUGGACAAGGGCGUGCUGCCGGGCGAGGACUGGACCGUCUUCCAGUGGAACCACUCCACCUACGAGCCCGUGCUGCUGGCCAAGACGCGCUCGGCCGAGUCCAUCCCGCACCUGGGCGCGGACGCCGGCCUGCACGCCGCGCUGCACGCCACCGUGGUCCAGGACCUGGGCCUGCACGACGGCAUCCAGCGCGUGCUCUUCGGCAACAACCUCAGCUUCUGGCUGCACAAGCUCGUCUUCGUCGACGCCGUGGCCUUCCUCACGGGCAAGCGGCUGGCGCUGCCCCUGGAGCGCUACAUCCUGGUGGACAUUGACGACAUCUUCGUGGGCAAGGAGGGCACACGCAUGAAGGUGGAGGACGUGAAGGCCCUGUUUGAGACGCAGAACGAACUCCGCACACACAUCCCAAACUUCACCUUCAACCUGGGCUACUCGGGGAAAUUCUUCCACACAGGCACGGAUGCCGAGGAUGCGGGGGACGACCUGCUGCUGUCGUACGUGGAGGAGUUCUGGUGGUUCCCCCACAUGUGGAGCCACAUGCAGCCUCACCUGUUCCACAACCAGUCCGUGCUGGCCGAGCAGAUGGCCCUGAACAAGAAGUUCGCUGUCGAGCACGGCAUCCCCACAGACAUGGGGUACGCGGUGGCGCCCCACCACUCGGGCGUGUACCCCGUGCACGUGCAGCUGUACGAGGCCUGGAAGCAGGUGUGGAGCAUCCGCGUGACCAGCACGGAGGAGUACCCCCACCUGAAGCCGGCCCGCCACCGCCGCGGCUUCAUCCACGACGGCAUCAUGGUCCUCCCGCGGCAGACCUGCGGCCUCUUCACACACACCAUCUUCCACAACGAGUACCCCGGCGGCUCCGGCGAGCUGGACAAGAUCAUCCACGGGGGCGAGCUCUUCCUCACGGUGCUUCUCAACCCCAUCAGCAUCUUCAUGACGCACCUGUCCAACUACGGGAACGACCGCCUGGGCCUGUACACCUUCAAGCACCUGGCGCGCUUCCUGCACUCCUGGACCAACCUGCGCCUGCAGACGCUGCCACCCGUGCAGCUGGCCCAGAAGUACUUCCAGAUCUUCUCCGAGGAGAAGGACCCGCUCUGGCAGGAUCCCUGCGAGGACAAGCGUCACAAAGAUAUCUGGUCCAAGGAGAAGACAUGUGACCGCUUCCCCAAGCUUCUCAUCAUCGGCCCCCAGAAAACAGGCACCACCGCCCUCUACCUGUUCCUGGGCCUGCACCCCGAUCUCAGCAGCAACUACCCCAGCUCGGAGACCUUUGAGGAGAUCCAGUUUUUCAACGGCCACAACUACCACAAAGGCAUCGACUGGUACAUGGACUUCUUCCCCAUCCCCUCCAACACCACCUCCGACUUCUACUUUGAGAAGAGCGCCAACUACUUCGACUCUGACGUGGCGCCCCGGCGGGCCGCCGCCCUGCUGCCCAAGGCCAAGGUCCUGACCAUCCUCAUCAACCCGGCCGACCGCGCCUACUCCUGGUACCAGCACCAGCGCGCCCACGAUGACCCCGCAGCGCUGAGGUACACCUUCCACGAGGUCAUCACCGCCGGGCCUGAUGCGUCCUUGAAGCUGCGUGCCCUCCAGAACCGCUGCCUGGUCCCCGGCUGGUACGCCACCCACCUCGAGCGCUGGCUCGGCGCCUUUCACGCCAACCAGAUUCUCGUCUUGGAUGGCAAGCUGCUGCGCACAGAACCUGCCAGAGUGAUGGACACAGUGCAGAAGUUUCUCGGGGUGACCAACACGAUCGACUACCACAAAACCCUGGCGUUUGAUCCCAAGAAAGGAUUUUGGUGCCAGCUGCUUGAAGGAGGAAAGACCAAGUGUCUGGGCAGAAGCAAGGGCCGCAAGUACCCAGACAUGGACCCGGAUUCCCGCGCCUUCCUGAGGGACUAUUACCGGGACCACAACAUCGAGCUUUCCAAGCUGCUCUACAAGAUGGGCCAGACGCUGCCCACCUGGCUGCGGGAGGAGCUCCAGAACACCAGGUAGCCGCGGCCGCCCCGCCAGACCGACUGUGACGCCAGGGCCCGCCCGCCCCACGCCGAGCCCGACGCACCUGCGGAGCCGGGGCUGGGAGCAGCCCUCGGCCGCACCCAGCCCGCGAGCGGCCGCGCAGCCGCUGGGUCUGUGGCCGCAGGCCCGCGCCGCCCCAGGGGUCCCUCCGCUGCGUCUCCGAAGGGGAGGCCGCUGCCCACUGGAAGGGGCCGCCAGACGCUCGCUCGGCCCGCGGCCCGGCGCCCACGCGCUGGCAUCAGCUGCUGCGUGUUCCCGGCCCUCCAGACGGGAGGCAGGAGGGGCCCCGCGGGGCCUUCUGCCAACCCCGGGGGAGACGGGCCGCUUCCCGGAGGUCUCGAGCCAGGCUCUUCAGCGGUCCCCGCUGGGCAUCCGGCGGCGGCAGCCCCUCGCCUGGACGGGCGCAGCCGGCUCCGAGCACGGGGACCCUGCCCAACCAGGCGGGGUGGCCUCUCGCCUUCUGUCCCGGGGAGAGAACGGGUUGCGGGCAUCUCCACCCCGUCCUCGGCCUCCUCCAGGGCCCGGGGCACUGCCAGGCCACGCGGAGCCCAAGAGCCAGCCCCCUCUCCCAGGGACGGGACUGACAGGCGUGGUGUCUCUCCUGUGGUGAAAGGCUGAGGUGGCGGGAGUCUGCCCCCCGCACCCCCCUGUGCAGACGUGCCCCUCUGCCCGGCCCCGCGCUGGCAGGCGCCGGGCGGGCUUGGGGCGACCCCCGCCCUGCGGGGCCUCAGCCUCCUGUGGCCCUUAACCUCCCCAGAACUAAGACGCUAAAGGAUCUGACUAUUUUUUUUUUUGGUGCCAGAGUUUAUACCCUGGGUGCUGGGGUCGCACUGUGUUACAUAUAUACAUAUAACGUGUAUAUAUAUAUAUAUUAUAUUAUAUUUUUUUUGGUUGGGUUUGUUUUUAAUUAAGUUGUACAAAGCAGUGGCAAGCCCCAGUCCCAAAGGCUGUCGUAUCUCAGUGCCGAGAACGGGUUGGGGGGAGGGCGUGUCUUCACGCGUCGGGGCCUCCAGGACACAGGAUGGAAGUGCCCCUGCUGAGGUCAAGGGCUGGGGCCGGCCCGGGCCACGCUCGGCGGACGGGGCUGGUGAGAUGCAGAGGGAAGACCCCCCCUGUCCGGGAACUGGCUUCCGGAAGUGCAGUGGCCAGAGCAAACAGCCGAGCUGGGGUAGGAGACCCUGGCGCCAGAGGCAGGCCUGUCCCCCCCACGGUGCUAGUUGGGAGCCGUCCCGGGAGGCCCCUGGGACCCAGAGCGCUGUCUCGGGCCCCUGCCAACAAGGGGGUCUCUGGGCUUCCUCGGUGGAGGGGGGGAGUCCUGCCCCUCCCCCUUUGACAAUGUGAAGCGACUCCGGCUGGGGGGCUGGGGGUCCUCCCCGGCCCUCCCGCUGCCAGUUCAGUUCUCCUGGGACAGCCCUUCUGGAGAGCCUGGGCCAACUCAGGAGCCUCGAGCAUGUGGGGUGAGGGUGCUUAGCAGGUGUGAGCCCAGGUCCAGAAGGGGAGGUGGCCUCCUGGGCUGAUGUCACAGACCUGGUCACCAGCAGGGCCGAGCAAUGACCAGAGGCACUGGAGUCCGAGCCCAGGGCUCUUCUCCCAAUGCCACACUGUCUCUGAGCCCAUCCUGGGCCCUCCUCUGUGCCAGGUCCCUGUCCCUGCCUCUGUAACUGGUGGUCAUUCCAGGAUGUGGGGACAAACCACUCCUUCCCAGCCAGGGUGCCUUCGAGCCUUCUCCAGUCCACACCUGCAUCUGUAUCUCGGGCCUGCUGCCCCCAAAGCGCCUUCCCCAGCGCGGGAGCCCGUGUCCGGCUGAGGCACCAGGUUCUCCGGGGGAGGGAAGAAGGGAGAGGUCGGGGCCUGCGUGUGCUGCCAUCGUCCCAAGAAGCGCCCCCAGCAGCAGUUGCCCCGCAGUGCCGGGGCGCGGCCGCCCGCCCGCAUCGGGGGCUCACAGGCCUCCUCCGGCUGCCGGUGCCCUGCUCGAUGGGCGGGCAGGCGGGCCCGCGUCCCCAGCCCCUGGCCUGACGAGGGGACAGGCAGGUUCGCGGCCCUCAGGGAGCAGAGGAAACAGUGGAGGUUUUAUCCAGGCCCUUCCAGGAUCCCGGGACUCGGCCUGUCACGUGUCCCCGGUCUGUCUUGUCCCUGCCCCUUUUUCCCUUCCUGCUAACAAACCUCUAGAGGACCCACUGCCCACGGGGGUGAGCGGUGGGGCGGGGGUGCCCUCCGCUGUGAGCACACAGCCCCCCAGCCCCGGCGGAGAGCGGAGCGCAGUGCAGCGCAGCCCCAGCGGCUUCCCUGUCACCAAGUCACUGUCUGAAUGAGAAAGAGGGCACGAGCUGAAGUUGCAUCCAUGACCCAACCGUGCCUCUGCCCAGGGCCGGCGCUGGUGGGGGCAUCGCGUGCUGCCGCCUGUCACUUGGGGCUCCAGCGCUGCCCACGGUGGGGGCAGCUGGCGCGUGGAGGAAGAGGCAGAGGUUCAAAGACGCGUCUCUGCCACGUCCCUGAGUAGGAACAGCCAGUGCCCCGGUGCCAGCGGGGGGCCAGAGGUCUGUCCCCUGUCGAAGAAAACGGGGCAGACCCCCAGAGACUGAGGCUCCCCGCCAGGGCCGCCCCACGGGCUGGAUGGGAGCAGGUACAGUUCAGUCUGUACCAGGACUUUGCUAGGGAACCCCUCCUCCUCCACUUGGACUUCAAAGCCCACGCUCGCCCCGUUUUUAAAAACCUCCCUCUGUCCCGCAGUCCCUCUGACCCUGUCCCUCUCAGGACCAGAGUAUCUUUCCCGAACGAGUUGGGAAGUUGCAGGUGUAUCCCGCGACUCCACCCCAGACGCCUCCGCCUGCGUCUCCUAAGCGUGAGGACGCGCUCUGGCCCUGGGCCAAGGUCACACCCGAGACAACAGAGGUGUCCCCAACCCCCGCCAUUCGGUCCAUGCUCCUCUUUCCCCGGUAACUCCCUCCUGGCGUUGGCAUCAGGAACUAGCAGAGGUACACGCGGUGCCCUCGGGCCUGUUUCCUAAGGUCGCUUUGAAGCCCGACUUUCCCAUCUGCUCACUGUGGUUUUUUAAAUGACAAAGCGAUUUCAGAGGCUGGCAGCUGCUGGCUUACAGACCCGCGUCCUGGAUCGUCCAGUUUCUGGGUGGUGUCGCGGAGCGUCCCUCCCACCCCAGGCUGGGCUGUGGGGGCUGUCACCUUCUGUGUGGGCUUGAGAACGUCCGCCCCACCCAAGAUGCCCUCUGCUGUCACUCGUACCACGUGCCAGGUCGGCCGAGCGCCCAGCAGCGCAGAUGGGUCUGGGAAGAGGCAGCUCCGGGGGGUGGCGGCUGCAUCACGUGGUGCCCUCCUGGGUCCUGUGAUGGCCACUGGGCACCAAGCAGCCCCUCCCCCUGUCUCUGCGGUGGGGCCCGUGGUCUGUGCUCGGGAGCCGGGCCCGCCCCGGGCUGCCCCGCACGCAGGCUGCCCUCCCGGCUGUGGUGUGAGCAGAGCGCUGGGCUGGAGGCAGGAGACAUGAAUCGCAUCCCAGGACACGCAGGCGCCUAGCGGCCUCUUUGAUGCCCACCGAGACAGCGAGUGGCCGGGGCUACGGCAGAUGCCCAGGCGGCAGAGAGGGAGGCGGGUAGCUCCAGCUGCGUAAGGCUGAGGUCCCUGUCCCCGGCCCCGGCUGCCUGAGCUGCACCCAGGGGGCAGGUGUGGGCUGGGGUGGGGUCCGAGGUGAAGGCCAGGGGAGACGCAGCUGUGUUUCCUCCUCGCCAGUCCCUCCCUCCCACUCUGAGUGCGGGCUGGGGGGUCUGACUGUGCCGGUUUCUGAGCAGCAAGAGGGCUCCUUGGUAGCUUGUGCAUGAAGUCCAGGUCGUCUCGGGGGAGAGGAGAGGGCUGACCUCAGAGGGUGGGUACGCAGGGGAGGGGUGGGGAGGUGCUACCCGCUCGCCUGCCAGGCCCCUUAAACCAGCCGUUUGGGGUUGAGCUCAAAGUGGGAACCUUCCUCCGCUCAUGUACCACCUCGCACUAACUGCUAAUAAAGCGGCGUUCUGUUUGUA